GGAGGAAAUAAUUUACAAAAUGCUCCUAGAGGUCCCGUAAGAGAUUUUGUAGAAAAACAUAAUGGUCAUACUGUAAUUACAAAAAUUUUAAUAGCAAAUAAUGGUAUAGCAGCUGUUAAAGAAAUUAGAUCCAUUAGGAAAUGGGCUUAUGAAAUAUUUGGUGAUGAAAGGGCUAUACAAUUUACCGUAAUGGCUACUCCUGAAGAUUUAAAAAUCAAUGCCGAAUAUAUUCGAAUGGCUGAUCAAUAUAUUGAAGUACCUGGUGGUUCUAAUAAUAAUAAUUAUGCUAAUGUUUCUUUAAUUGUUGAUAUUGCUGAACGUACUGGCGCUCAUGCUGUUUGGGCUGGUUGGGGUCAUGCAUCUGAGAAUCCUAGAUUACCUGAAUCUUUGGCUCAAAGUAAAAAUAAGAUAGUUUUUAUUGGUCCUCCUGGUUCUGCGAUGAGAUCUUUAGGUGAUAAAAUAUCUUCUACGAUUGUGGCUCAAUCUGCAAAUGUUCCUACAAUGGAUUGGAGUGGUAGUGGUGUUGUUCAAACUGAAAUUGAUGAUCAAGGUCAUGUUAUAGUUCCUGAAAGUGCUUAUGAACAAGCUUGUGUUAAAGAUGCUGAUGAUGGUUUAGAUAAAGCAAAAAAAAUCGGGUUUCCUGUUAUGAUUAAAGCUUCUGAAGGUGGUGGUGGUAAAGGAAUAAGAAAGGUUGAAAAUUCUGAAAAUUUUAAACAAGCUUUUGUUCAAGUUCAAGGUGAAGUUCCUGGUUCUCCAAUUUUUAUCAUGAAACUUGCUGGGAAUGCUCGUCAUCUUGAAGUUCAAGUUUUAGCUGAUCAAUAUGGAAAUGCUAUCUCUUUAUUUGGAAGGGAUUGUUCUGUUCAAAGGAGACAUCAAAAAAUUAUUGAAGAAGCUCCUGUUACUAUUGCUAAACGUGAAACUUUUGAAGCUAUGGAAAAAGCUGCUGUAAGAUUAGCGAAACUUGUAGGUUACGUUAGUGCUGGUACUAUAGAAUAUCUUUAUAGUCAUGAAAGAGAUUUUUUUUGUUUUCUUGAAUUAAAUCCAAGAUUACAAGUUGAACAUCCUACUACAGAAAUGGUUUCAGGUGUAGAUUUACCUGCUGCUCAAUUACAAAUUUCUAUGGGAAUUCCACUUCAUCAAAUUCGUGAUAUAAGAGUUCUUUAUGGUUUAGCUCCUAGUGGUACUUAUGAAAUAGAUUUUGAUUUUUCAAAUCCUGAAUCUCUUCAAACUCAGAGAAGACCUGCUCCAAAAGGUCAUGUGAUAGCUGUUCGUAUAACCGCUGAAAAUCCUGAUGCUGGUUUUAAACCAAGUAGUGGUAUGGUACAUGAACUUAACUUUCGUAGUAGUACUAAUGUUUGGGGUUAUUUUUCUGUUAAUUCUGCUGGUGGUCUUCAUGAAUUUGCUGAUUCUCAAUUUGGUCAUAUUUUCGCUUAUGGUGAAAAUCGUCAACAAUCUCGAAAAAAUAUGGUGGUUGCUUUAAAAGAAUUAUCAAUUCGUGGAGAUUUUAGAACUACUGUUGAAUAUUUAAUUAAAUUACUUGAAACUCAAGCAUUUGAAGAAAAUAGUUUUACAACUGGUUGGUUAGAUAUGUUAAUAUCUGAUGAAAAUUUAACAGCUGAAAAACCUGAUAAAAUGUUGGCAGUCAUAUGUGGUGCUGUUACAAAAUCUUAUACUGAAACUAUGGAAUCCGUUUCUGAAUAUAAACGUUUCUUGGAAAAAGGUCAAAUUCCUAACAAAGAUAUAUUACGUACUGUUUUUACUACUGAUUUUAUAUAUGAAGGAGUUCGAUAUAAAUUUACUGCUACCAGAUCUGCUCCUCAUUCUUUUACACUUUAUUUAAAUGGAUCAAGAGUACAAGUUUGUGUUAGAGCUCUUACUGAUGGUGGAUUAUUAGUUUUAUUGGAUGGAAAGAGUCAUACUUGUUAUUUUCGUGAAGAAGUUCAAGGAAUUAGAUUGAUGAUUGGUGGUAAAACUUGUUUACUCGAACAUGAAAAUGAUCCAACACAAUUACGUUCACCUUCGCCAGGAAAACUUGUUAGAUUUUUGGUAGAGUCCGGUGAUCAUGUAAAUAGAGGUGAUGCUUUCGCUGAAAUUGAGGUGAUGAAAAUGUAUAUGCCACUUGUUGCAACAGAAGAUGGUAUAGUUCAAUUCAUAAAACAACAAAAUUCAACACUUGAAGCUGGUGAUAUCAUUGGUAUUCUCACUCUUGAUGAUCCUAGUCGAGUUCGUCACGCGUUACCUUUUGAAGGACAAAUCCCUGCAAUGAAUCCUCCUGUUAUAAUUGGUGAUAAGGCUCAUCAGAGAUAUCGUGAAGUCUUUCAUAUUCUUGAGUGUAUACUGGAUGGUUAUGAUAAUCAAGCUAUGUUACAGUGUAGUGUUAAAGAAUUAAUAGAACUUUUAAGAAAUCCUGAACUCCCUUAUUUAGAAUAUCAUGAAGUAUUGUCAACACUUUCUGGUAGAAUUCCAUCCAAGCUUGAAGCGUCUUUACAAAAAAUUUCUAGUGAAACAUAUAAUCAAGGAUUAGAAUUUCCUGCCAAAACAUUAAAAGAAAUGAUAAUUAAUUAUUCUCGUGAUUCUGUCAAUCCUUCGGAUCUCAUAAGUUUUGAAUCUACAAUCGCUCCUUUGAAUGAAAUUCUUGAUCGAUAUGUUUCUGGUAUAAAAUAUCGGAAAUGGAAUGAUAUCAUUUAUUUAUUGAACAAAUAUCAUGAAGUUGAAGUUUUAUUCUCGAACUCUGAUAAACGCGAUAAACGCGAGGAAGAAGUUGUUCAUUCUUUACGUGAUAAAUACAAGGAUGAUUUGGAUAAGGUCAUAACUACAAUUUUAUCGCAUUCCAAAAUAGGAUUAAAGAAUAAUUUAAUAUUGCAUCUUUUAGAUCAUAUUAAACCUGAAAAUGUUGGGCAAGCUCUUGAUAAAUUCUUUUCACCUAUUUUGAAAAAAUUGGCCGAACUUAGAGGUCGUUUCACAACAAAAGUUUCAUUAAAAGCACGUGAAUUACUAAUUCAUUGUCAUUUACCUUCUUAUGAAGAAAGAUACACUCAGAUGGAACAAAUAUUGAAAGCUGCAGUUAUUGAAAGUCAUUAUGGAGAUGAUGGUUAUGAUUAUCGAACUCCAAGUUAUGAUUCACUUAAAGAAUUAAUUGAUACAAGAUUUUCAGUUUUUGACGUACUUCCAAAUUUUUUUUAUCAUCAAGACAAUUGGAUUGGACUUGCUGCGUUAGAAGUUUACGCUAGGCGUGCUUAUCGUGCCUAUCAAUUAAUGGAUGUUGAAUAUCAUACAGAUAGCGUUCCAUUUAUGGUUUCUUGGAACUUUUUACUUCAUAGUGCUCAAGCUAAUAGUUCAAAAUCAGAACCUUUUACUAUGAGACGAUCUGGUUCAAUAUCGGAUUUAAGUUAUAUGAUUCCAAAAACUGAGAAUGAACCUUUACGUAUUGGUGCUAUGAUUGCUUGUACUUCGAAUGAAGUAAUAGAAAAAAAUUUACCACGUAUAUUAGCAUUAUUCCCAAAAAUACAAAAUGAUAGAUGGAAACCUCAAGGUUCAUCAGAUAGGAGCAAAAUUAAUAAUAUUCUAAACCUUGCUUUAAGAUUAGGAGAUGAUGCUUUAGAGGAUGAAACUUUAAAACAACAACUUAAACCUCUUAUACAACGACAUUCUUAUGAAUUACGUGAACAUGGAAUAAGACGUGUUACUAUUGUACUAUUUCGUAAAGGUCAAUAUCCAGGAUAUUUCACAUUCCGAGAGUCUACAGGUUAUGUUGAAGAUCAAACGAUUCGUAAUAUUGAACCUGCUAUGGCCUAUCAACUUGAACUUACGAGAUUAUCUAAUUUCGAUAUUAAACCUUGUUUUACUGAUAAUAGACAAAUUCACGUUUAUUAUGCUGUUGGUAAAGAAAAUACUUCAGAUUGUAGAUUCUUUAUUCGAGCUUUAGUUCGUCCUGGUCGAUUACGAAAUAGUGUACGUACUGCAGAUUAUUUAAUAUCAGAAUCAGAUAGAUUGUUAAAUGAAAUUUUAGAUUCUCUUGAAAUUGUUAGUUCGGAACAUAAGAAUUCGGAUUGUAAUCAUUUAUUUAUAAAUUUCAUUCCAAUAUUUGUAUUGGAACCGAGACAAAUUGAAGAAGCUGUUAAAGGAUUUAUAGACAGGCAUGGAAAAAGAUUAUGGAGAUUACGUGUUACCGGAGCUGAAGUUCGUUUUAAGGUCGAAGAUCCUACUUUAGGAACGCAUUAUUCUUUACGUAUCAUCAUUAAUAACGUUUCUGGAUAUGUUGUUAAAGUUGAAACUUAUCAAGAGGUGAAGACAGAACGUGAUAGUUGGAUACUUAAAUCAAUCGGAAAACACGGUUCAAUGCAUUUACAACCAACUCAUACACCUUAUCCAACGAAAGAAUGGCUUCAACCAAGGCGUUAUAAGGCUCAUCUAAUGGGUACCACUUAUGUUUAUGAUUUUCCUGAACUAUUUCGUCAAGCUAUUAGAACACAAUGGAAUCGCGCAUCACAUUAUAAUCCAACUCUAAAAUGUCCAAGUGAUGUUUUGGAAGCUAAAGAACUUGUUCUCGAUGAAAAAAAUAAAUUACAAGAAGUGGAAAGAGCUCCAGGAACAAAUUCAUGUGGUAUGGUCGCAUGGAUCUUAACGCUUUUCACUCCUCAAUAUCCCAAAGGUAGAAAUAUAAUUGUUAUCGCGAAUGAUAUCACAUAUCAAAUCGGAUCUUUUGGGCCCAAUGAAGAUCAAUUCUUUUAUAAGGCAACUGAAUUAGCAAGAGAAUUAGGAAUACCAAGAAUUUAUCUUUCGGCCAAUUCUGGUGCAAGAAUUGGAUUGGCAGAAGAAGUUAUGAAUCAUUUUCAUGUUGCAUGGGUAGAUCGAGAAAAUCCAAGUAAAGGUGUGAAAUAUCUUUAUCUUGAUUCAGAAACUUACAAACACUUGGAACAAAAUGAAAGAAAAUCCGUUAUUGCGGAAGAAAUAGUUGAAGAAGAUGAAACACGAUAUAAAAUCACCGAUAUUAUUGGAUCAGAAGAUGGACUUGGAGUUGAAUGUUUGAAAGGUUCAGGAUUAAUUGCUGGAGCUACAUCACGUGCAUACGAAGAUAUCUUUACAAUAACUUUAGUCACCUGUCGUUCAGUUGGUAUUGGAGCAUAUUUAGUAAGGUUAGGACAACGUACAAUUCAGAAUGAAGGUCAACCUAUUAUUUUAACUGGAGCACAAGCACUAAAUAAAGUGUUAGGGAGAGAAGUUUAUACCGGAAAUAUACAACUUGGAGGUACACAGAUUAUGUUUAAGAAUGGAGUUUCACAUUUAACUGCACAAAAUGAUUUGGAAGGUAUUACAAAGAUUAUGCAAUGGCUCUCUUAUGUUCCAUCUGUUCGAAAUUCACUUGUACCAAUAUUCCCAAGUUCGGAUAAUUGGGACAGAGAUGUUAGUUAUAUGCCUCCUAAAGGAACUUAUGAUCCAAGAUGGUUAAUUGCAGGAAAAUAUGAAACUGAAAGAGAACCUAGUAGUUGGGUUGGUGGAUUCUUUGAUAAAGGAUCAUUUGUUGAAACAUUAGGCGGAUGGGCGAGAACGGUAGUAGUUGGAAGGGCACGUCUUGGUGGAAUCCCAAUGGGCGUUAUAGCAGUUGAAACACGUACCGUCGAAUGUAUAGUUCCAGCUGAUCCAGCUGAUAAGGAAUCACAUCAACAAAUGAUGAUGGAAGCUGGUCAAGUUUGGUAUCCUAAUUCAGCUUAUAAGACAGCACAAUCAAUUAAUGAUUUUAAUAAAGGUGAACAGUUACCCUUAAUGAUUCUUGCUAAUUGGCGUGGAUUUUCAGGUGGUCAACGAGAUAUGUUUCAAGAAAUUUUAAAAUAUGGAUCUUAUAUUGUAGAUGCUCUUGCUAACUAUAAACAACCAGUAUUUGUAUAUAUAGUUCCUAAUGGUGAACUUCGUGGUGGAGCUUGGGUUGUAGUGGAUCCUAAUAUUAAUAUUGAUAUGAUGGAAAUGUACGCAGAUACAAAAUCAAGAGCUGGUGUACUCGAACCUGAAGGUGUGGUAGAAAUUAAAUUUAGAAAACCACAAUUACUUUCAACAAUGGGAAGGUUGGAUGAAACAUAUCGUAACCUUAAGAAGUCAUUGGAUGACCCAACAAUAUCUGAAAUACAAAAACAAGAGAUCAAAAAACAUUUAGAUGCGAGAGAACAAGAAUUAUUACCAAUAUAUUCACAAAUUGCUAUACAAUUUGCAGAUUUACAUGAUACGCCAGGAAGGAUGAAAUCUAAACAAACUAUAAGAAAAGCUUUAGAGUGGAAGGAUUCUAGGAGAUUCUUUUAUUGGAGAGUUAAAAGAAGAUUACAUGAAGAAUAUAUGUUUAGAAAAUUAAUUGAAGCGAAUAAUAAAUUAAAUAGAAAUCAAAUGACGGAACAUUUAAUUAAUUGGUUUAAAGAAGAUAAUAUAGUGAAUGAUAAUAGCGAAUUUGAUUGGGAAGAAUCUGAUGAAAUAAUUGCGAAAUGGUUAGAAAGGAUAUUAGAGGAAAAUAAUAGAGACAAUCAAGAAGUAAGUGAUGACGGUGAUAAUGGCGAUGAUGAGACUAAAAUUAAUAUUAAUAAUUUAAUUCCAAAAAUCACGUUUAAAGAGAGAAUUGAGAAAGUUAAAAAUGAAGCUAUAAAACAAAGUAUUUUAGAUUUAAGUAAAAAUCAUUUAAAAGCUGUUAUUCAGGGAUUUGAAAAAUUAUUUGAAACAUUAAACACGGAAGAAAAAAAUGAAUUAUUAAAUAAGCUAGCAACAAACUGUUAAAAAAAAACAAAUCAUUAAAAAAGAAUUAGAUAAAAAGUAAUUUUUAUUCUUGUAAAAAUAAUUUGAAUAUUUUUGUACCUACAUAUAUUCUUGUAUUUCAUUAUUGUAUUUUUUUUUUCUUUGCAUAAAUUUUCAGUAUCAAUAAAAAUAAUAUAUUCACUCAUUA